AUGUAUUUCAGGAUCGGCCUGCUGCCCAUCACCCCCAGCGAGCUGGACACCGGCCGCGUCUUCUCCUGCCGCAGCGCCAACGCGGCCGCGCCCGGCGGCAAAGAGACCUUCGUGCGCCUCAACGUGCACCAUCCCCCGACGGUGACUUUGUCCAUCCAGCCCCAAACGGUGCAGGAGGGCGAGAGGGUCGUGUUCACCUGCAUGGCCACGGCCAACCCCGAGAUCAGGGGCUACAGGUGGGCCAAAGGGGGGGUGCUGAUCGAGGAGGCCAAGGAGAACAGGUACGACACGCAGGUGGAUUACACCUUCUUCACCGAGCCCGUGUCCUGCGAGGUGCACAACGACAUCGGCAGCACCAACGUCAGCACCCUGGUGGACGUCCACUUCGCCCCCCGGAUCGUGGUGGACCCCAAACCCACGGUGACCGACAUCGGCUCCGACGUCACCCUGACCUGUGUGUGGUCGGGGAAUCCCCCCCUGACCCUCACCUGGACCAAGAAGGAAUCCAACAUGGUGCUCAGUAACAGCAACCAGCUGUACCUCAAGUCGGUGACGCAGGCGGACGCCGGUCAGUACGUCUGCAAGGCGAUCGUGCCGCGCAUCGGCGUGGGCGAGAGGGAGGUCACGCUCUUCGUCAACGGUCAGACACCCCAAAAAACCCCAAAAACCACCCCAAAAACCCCCCCAAAAACCCUCAAAAAUUAAAAAAACGACCCAGCUAUUUCCGCCGGCGCUGACCCCGCCCUCCCCGUGCAGGCGUGGGCGUGGCAGGAGAAUGUUCUGGAAGCGGGGACGCUGGAGCGCUACACGGUGGAGAGGAGCAACACGGGCAGCGGCGUGCUGUCCACGCUGACCAUCAACAACGUCAUGGACGCCGACUUCCAGACGCGCUACAACUGCACGGCCUGGAACAGCUUCGGGCCUGGCACCGCCAUCAUCCAGCUCGAGGAGAGAGAGGUCCUGCCCGUGGGCAUCAUCGCCGGCGCCACCAUCGGGGCCAGCAUCCUCCUGGUCACCUUCCUGGUGGCGCUCGCCUGCUUCCUGUACCGGCGCCGCAAAGGAAGCCGCAAGGACGUCACCCUGCGCAAGCUGGACAUCAAGGUGGAGACGGUGAACCGGGAGCCGCUGACGCUGCACGGGGACCGCGAGGAGGACACGGCCAGCGUGUCCACGGCCACGCGCGUCAUGAAGGCCAUCUACUCGUCCUUCAAGGACGAUGUGGAUUUGAAGCAGGACCUGCGCUGCGACACCAUCGACACCCGCGAGGAGUACGAGCUCAAGUCCUUCAAGGACGAUGUGGAUUUGAAGCAGGACCUGCGCUGCGACACCAUCGACACCCGCGAGGAGUACGAGCUCAAGGGAUUCAUCCCUCGCGCCCCCCGAAAUCCCGAGUUCCCGACUCGGAGUUCCCAACUCAGAGUUCCUGACUCGGAGUUCCCCACUCGGAGUUCCUGA